AUGACGAUCCGUUUCACAGGGCAACAAAUUCCUUUGGGCUCACCACCCAUGUAUCCCGUCCAAAUGCAAACGGGUGCUUCCUUGAAUCCAGGUCAACCUGUUUCGCAAAGUCCUUCAUUCCAUGCUGCUCCUGCUUAUGCGCCUCAACAAGUUCAAAUGGCGCCACCGGCCUAUUCUCCUCAACCAGCUCCUAUGCCGCAAGUUUUUACUCCUCAGCCAACUUUUGCUCCACCACCAGCCCCGCCAAAAGCUCCGACAUUUCAACCUCAACAAACGAAUGCGCCUGCUCAAAAUCAAAGCGAAAAUAGUAUUUGUGGUUACAUUUGCUUUGGCCUUGUUGCAACAGUGUUGAUCUUGAUCUCUAUUUUGAAUGCCGUCGCACCAGAAGGCCCUCCAGGAGGCCCUAUAGGAGGCCCUCCUAAUGACAAGAGUUUGAGAAAAAACGAUAUUUAUACUCGGAAUUUUUCAAACUCUUUCUCUGACCCUGGCUAUUACAAUUAUUAUGGUCCUGGUCCCGACUAUGGUCCCUACGGUCCCCCUCCAGGAUAUGGUCCCUAUGGUCCUUAUGGCCCCCCUCCUGGAUAUGGUCCUUAUGGUCCUCCUCCUGGCUACGGUCCAUAUGGUCCGGGAUCCGGUCCUUAUGGUCCCUAUGGAUACUACUACGGCGGUCCAGGCGGUCCUUACCGGAUGAAUAUGACAAAAAUGGUCGAGAUAUGCGGCAAAAAAGAGCCUCUCUCAAUGGCGACAGACUUUAUCUAUCAAGGCUCACUCUUCAAUACAACAGUUUCGAUAUGCGAUGGCGAUUACGAGUACUCUGUUCAUUCUUCUUCCGACACUUUUAUCCUCAGCUCACCAUCAAACAAAGGAUAUUAUGAGUGCAAUCAAAAAAUUACUUCUGCUUCUUCUGGCAUCACAUUCGAGAUUGUAAAACUUGAGACCGAAUUUUGUGCUGAUGAUCUUGUAUUCAUAGAUGAAAAUGAAGAUGAAUAUGCCUUUUCUGGAAAUAUCACAGAGGUUGCCCGCUUUUCGUUUUCUUCUCCUUCCGUCUUUAUUCAUUAUCGAGGCAAUACAACUUCAAACGAUGGCUUUUUAAUAUCGAUCGAAGCGGGAUUCGAGCCAAGAAACAACAUAAGCAUCAUCCAUCCUCUCGUCAUGUCGAAGACCCUUUCAAGAUACGCAAAAGCAAGAAAUGAAUAA